AUAAUAUUGUACUAUAUAUACAAGACGUCGACAGUUUCGCUGGGCAGUGAAGUCCCGCGCACGCGUCUUGCCGCCAUACCACGUGCGCAGUCCUAUCUCUCGCUUGAGUGCUGGCGUCAUGUCUUCGGAAGAGAGAGCCCCGACGAUGUCAAGCGCGGUGACCGUACGCGACGCCACGCGCGAAGACAUGCCGCUCUUCCUCCGAUUGAUACAGGAUCUGGCCGCGUUUGAAGGCAUGCCCGAAGGACCGCAGUUGACAGUCGAUGAUCUGAUACGGGAUGGAUUCGACACAACGCAACCGUGGUUCUUCGGAAUGGUAGCAGAGUCCGAUGGCAAAGUAGUUGGCUACGCAAUCUGCAACCGUGCCUUCUCCAGCUGGACAGGGCGCGCUUAUUACAUAGAGGAUUUGUACGUCCUGCCGCCGUACAGACGCGCCGGUAUUGGCGUGCGAAUGAUGCGAGCGCUGUGCGAGCGCGCGGUGGCCGAGGGAGUCGGCCGAAUAGACUGGCACGUUCUCAAGUCAAACAAUAGCGCGCUCGCGUUCUACGCGCGGAUGGGCGCGCGCGACAUGCACGUCUCCGAGGGACGCGCAGCGCUGCGCCUCGACGAAGACCGCAUCGUGGCUGUGGCUGCCGGCGACCUGCUGGCCUCUCCGCGCUGACUCCGUGCACUUUAGGCAGCACCCCCGCAUUUCCGCGACACGUACAAGACGCGCACUUAACCCACAAGGGUUUAUCACGCACCAGACAGCUAUAAAGAAAAUACGAGGGGCGAUAAGUAUAAGACACAGUAAACUCACACGUAGUCUGCUAUAAAAUAAAGUUAGCUUAUUGUCUACCCAUGUUAUACCUAUUUAAGUAAAUAAAGCUAUUGUGACGG